GUGAUGAAAAUAACAAAAAAGAAAUAUAAUAUUUGAUCAUGAAAAGGAAUUGAAAAAGAGAAGAAAAGAAAACAUUUAUUAUUUGAAUGUAAGUUUCUUGGUGUGAGAAGAAGCGAAGUUCUUUAAAUAUGAUUCCAAAUUCUUUUGGGGAAGAUGAAAGAGUAACGCAGAAGGAAGAGUUGGUUGUUGCUGUAACUGAGAGAUGUCGGAGGUGACAGAUGAAACUGAACGACGUCGUUCGGAGGAGACUUGGUAUCGCAAAAAGCUUUCCCUUCUAAGAGAUAUGAGAAACCUAAGAGGAUUAGUGAGAUUGUUGGAGGAGGCUUUAAAAAGCAGUCUUGCGAAAACUGAGCAAGAUCUCAGGUACUUGGAGGGUGCUGGUUUUUGGGUUGGUCGUGUUGUAAGGCCUAAUGGCAGUGAACGCUUUAUUGUAGAAUCAGAAGCUGGAUUUAGAUAUAUAGUUGACUAUGAUAGGAAGGUGGACAAGGAGAAGAUAACUGAAGAAACAAGAGUUUUCCUGCACAUGAGGACGCUGACCAUCAUGGGAAUUCUUCCUCGCCAAGUUGAAGCUGAGGUACAGAAUAUGAUUGUUGAAGACCCGGGAAACGUUAGUUACAAUGCACUUGGAGGGCUUUCAGAUCAGAUUCGAGAGCUCAGGGAAUCGAUAGAACUGCCUAUAGUGAAUCCUGAGAUUUUUCAAAAGGUUGGAAUCAGAACCCCCAAGGGUGUUCUUCUUUAUGGACCUCCUGGAACUGGGAAGACACUCUUAGCGAGAGCAAUAGCCAGCAAUACAGAUGCUACAUUCUUGAAUAUUGUAGGUAGUGCUUUUUCGGUUAAAUAUCUGGGUGAAGGCUCAAGAUUGAUUAGGAACAUGUUUAGAUAUGCACGCGAUCAUCAGCCUUGCAUCAUAUUCAUGGAUGAGAUCGACGCCAUUGGAGCACGACGUUUGAGCAUGAGCUCAGCCGGUGAUCGUGAAAUUCAAAGAACCCUCAUGGAGCUGCUUGACCAGAUGGAUGGAUUUAAUCAGCUAGAAAGGGUGAAAGUCAUUAUGGCUACAAAUAGGCGUGAUAUUCUUGAUCCAGCCCUUCUUCGCCCGGGUCGACUUGAUCGGCAAAUAGAAAUACCAUUACCAAAUAAGAAGUCAAGGAUGCAAAUCCUCAAAAUCCACGCUGCUGGAGUUGCAAAACAGGGCAAAAUUGACUAUAAAGCAGUUGUUAAUAUUUCUGAGGGAUUCAAUGGUGCUGAUCUUCGUAAUGUUUGCACUGAAGCUGGUAUGUUCGCUAUUCGCGAAGACCGUGAUUAUGCGAUUAAUAUAGAUUUCAUGAAGGCUGUGCGCAAACUGGUUGAAGCGAAGAAACUGGAAUCAGCACCGAUGUUUUUCUGAUGUCUGCUCAGUUUGCCACUAAAUUGUCCAGCCCAUUGUGUUCAGUGAUUAAACAUGAAUUUGAUAAUGGUUACCAUAUUACCUUAACCCCUUGGACAAGUUAGAAAACGAGUGGAACACAGUGAAUUUCUUUAAUUUUGAAACAGUUCAAAUUCUAG